AUGCUCAAUGUGGAAUGCUCUUUAGCUGGAGUUGAGAUAUUCCUUCCUUUCCUCCUCUCUCUCUAUGAAGCCAUCAGUGACAAUGGGUCGUCGGGUCAGCAAUCGAACACGGUGGUAUCGAAGAUCGCUAGAUCAAACGCUAUGCGAUACGCCCUUUUAGUUGGGGUCUUCACUGUUUCAGCAUUUGCUAUUGUUUCCACAUCAACACAACGCUCGACAUACAUCUGCCCCGUAACCGGAUACGAGAGUAAAUUCGUACCAGUUUCCCAGUUUCUAGGGGUGUUCUUAGAUACUGGUAUUAUCAUCAGUCUCUCGACAGUAGCUCAAGAUGGGUUUGAAUCUAGCAGACCUAAGCUACUGCUGGGUAGACUGGCGUUCAUAUCAGCCGGAGCUCUUUCUAUGCUAGCAGGCCUCUUCAUUUUGCAGAACCCAGAACAUAUGAUCUGGUCGUUCCAAUUGGAUUCCAGAAUCAUAUCUGACUUACUUUUUGCAACUGUCCUUGGUUCAAGUUUUCUUGCUUCUGUGGUUUAUCUAAUGAGCGAACUUCGCCCUUCAAUACCAAUCACCGUCGCGACAUGUGCAUCAAUCUACACUUAUCAUUUCUCUGCACCUACUACCGAAUUCUGGCCUAGUCCAUCUCGGUCCACUGUAGUCUUGUCUUCGGUCGCCUAUCUUUCCAUUGCCGGCAUUGUACGGUUCUGGAAAGAGGCUUCAAGGAGCCAACGAUCCAUGUCCCUUGGCGGAACAUGCUCGAGAUUCUUGAUGAUCCUCUUCGUUUUCAUGUCGGUGCUGUUUCUCGCGAAAAACUCAUGGCUCAUCUUGCAUCCAAGCAAAUUGUCGCUGCAUCCCAUUGAUUACCUUCUGUCGAAUGCUCAACGUACAUCCGAUCAGUGGCGAAAACAAGCUGCAACAAGUCAGUCACUAGAAGAGGCUGUCUAUGAGUACCAAUCACGCUAUCGAGUUCCCCCACCACCUAACUUCGACAAGUGGUACGAGUAUGCGACCGCACGGGGUUCUCUCAUAAUCGACGACUUUGAGCAGAUAAACAAUGACCUGCUGCCUUUCUGGGCUAUAGAACCUGCUAAGAUCCGAGAAAUGACAGCACAUAUGCUCGAAAGAACCUGGACGGAUGCUGGAGGCCUGAGAAUAGCCAACGGAACAAGCCAGCUUACACCACACGUAGUACCUACACAUCGCUGGUCAUUGGAAGGUACAAGCUCAAUAAUCAAAAAAUUCGCCCAAUGGUUACCAGACAUGGACAUAGCUAUGAACAUCAAUGACGAGUGCCGCGUAGCGGUCCCAUGGAGGGCAAUGGAGGACUUGAAAAGUAGAGGGAUAAUGGCUAGACGACAGCUGAAUGAGAGCAAGAAUCUUCGGCCCUUCAGUACGAAUGCUCAUCAACUAUGGCCAGAUACUUACAUGCAAGCCGAACCGCCUUAUUCUCCUCAAACAAUAUCGGAAUAUUUUGCCGAGGCCUCCAUAGCUUCGUCAUUUACGAAGUAUGGAAUAAUUGGGUGCCCUCCGAAGUCCCCCAGCCUAAGGACAACAUGGUGGAACAAAGGUUUUUUCUGCGCAGACUGCACAUCACCACACGCUCUUGGUCCUUUCUUGAGCAAUUGGACCUUGUCUGGAUCUUUAUGCCACCAACCAGACCUCGAAAACCUGCACGGGUUCCAUCUCUCCCCCUCAUCAUUCAAGCCGACCACAUCCCUCUUCCCGAUCUUCUCCCAAUCUAAAAUACCAGGAUUCUCCGACAUCGUCUUCCCCUCUCCCUGGAACUACGUGGAUAAAGUCACCUUUGAUUCUUCCAAAGGCAUGGCCUUCUCCGAGAAAGAAAAAACCGUGUUCUGGCGUGGUGCCACCUCAGAAGGAUAUGCGGGUGCUAAUAAUUGGGAAGGCAUGCAACGACAGCGGUUCGUUCACCUCGCAAAUCACGCCCAGGGUUCGACCAAACUUGAUCUUAUCCUACCAAAUAAUGCCCAGGGAACCGAUUAUUCAUAUCGCAACAUUCCUCUAUCUAGCGUGCUUUCGGCAACGAAUAUUGACGUUUCCUUCGUUGGGGAGCCUGUGCGAUGCUAUAACAAAGAAUGUGCUGCUCAAGCCCGCGAGUUCUACUUUAAUACUUCCACCGUGGACUUCCAGGAGCACUGGAAAUAUAAAUAUCUGUUUGACUUCGAUGGUGCUGGGUUUAGUGGACGUUUCCUGCCGUUUUUGGAGAGUCGCAGCCUAGUAUUUCGCGCUGCAUCCUUCCGGCAAUGGUUUGAAGAGAGGUUGACGGCUUGGAAGGAUUAUGUUCCCGUAGAUACGCGGCUGCAUGAUGUCUGGAGCUUACUCGCGUACUUCGGGGGUUUGGGAAAGGGUGGCGAGUAUGCGCAUGAGAAAGAAGCGGGGAAGAUUGCCGACGAGGGGAAAGACUGGGCCUCAAAGGUGUUGAGGAAGGAGGAUAUGGAGAUUUAUAUGUUUAGGUUAUUAUUAGAGUGGGGAAGGAUAGUUGACGAUAGAAGGAAUGAGCUGGGGUUUGUCUUGCCCCCGAAGUAG